ACUGAUAUGGUGUAUUAUUUUAUUAUUGAGUUUCAUGUGAUAUUAAAAUUGUUGACUAAAAUGUGUUUUAUUUAUCUCCUGUAUUUAUAAUUUGGUUAUAUAGUGUAAGUAGUUAGUGUCUGUAUCAAAUUAGUAAGUAGAUAUAAUUGUUCUCAAGUAUUUACAACUUAGUUUGUGAUAGCUAAUAUAAGUUAGCUGAAAUAUUAACCAAUGCUAUGUUCUUUGCGACAGAAACAGAGUUACCGGAUUGGGUGUCUAUUUAUUUCUUGAAGAAUGGAGAUAAUGAAUAUCGUUGCAACAUAUGCGAGACGGUUCUGCAUACCGAUGAAAAGUCUAUGCAGUUAUUGGAACAUAUCAAGGCCAACCAUAAGGAAGUACAUGACUUACAUAAGGAAAAUCCUGAAGCCACCGUAGGGUUUCGCAUCGAGUUCCUUCAUUUAAAUGUACUGAAAGAUGAUGGUGACCCAAAAACGGAGCCUGUAAUUAUCGGUGAAAUGUGUGAAGCGACCUCGGAGGAAAUAGCUAAGCCCAUAACAAAGUUUGAUGAAACAAUGGACUCUCAUUUGGUUGUUAUGCCAGCGGCUAAGAAGAAGACUCAGCGACGUGAAAGUGAAACCAGAAGGAAGAGUUGGGUGUGGAAAUACUUCAUUCGUAUAAGCAACAUCAUUUACCGAUGCAAAAUCUGCGAAGCCGUACUCUCUAUAAAGGGAUGCAACACUAACAACAUGAAUCGCCACGUACGGACAAAACAUCCGACCGUUUUCCAAAUGGAAAUGGAUGAGAAAAAGGACAAACAAUCGGACAUUGAAACUUCUGUGGAACUUGAAACACAGAAUAUCGAAGAUCUGAACUUGGAAAGGGAUUAUGCGAUAACUCAAGACGAUACCCCGCAAACCCCCACGAAAACCGGUUUCAACCGACGCAGUUGGAUAUGGAUGUACUUCACCCGACUGACCAACACCCUAGCGCAGUGCAAACUGUGCAACAGGAACAUUUGCCACGGGGGCAACGCUACAGGCAACAUGAACAGGCACCUCAAGAUGAUACACAAUAAGACUGGACAUGACCACAACUGGGUGUGGAAGGUGUUUGACAACACCGAUAUGGAGUCGUAUGCGUGCAAGAUAUGUCAGUACCGCUGCGUCAGACACGAUGACGUAGACCGAAGCAUCUCAACCAUUCUCAACCACCUGAAGUUGGCGCAUGGAGUGGUCUCGGGUGAGCAAAUCAUCACCAGCGUGGAGUGUGAGGAUUAGUAUUAAAUUUUGAUUAGAAUAUAGUAUUGCAAAUAUUUAAAAUGAACCACUUAAGAAAUAUUUCAGGUUUAUAAAAAACACUCAAUAGAUGGCGCUAGUGUGACUUUUAUCAAUAAAUAGUUUGGUACUGAUAUUAAAUCUAAGAUUUUAAAAAUUUACGCUUGCAUCAGGAUCCGACUUAAAACGACCAUUUAACUAACCGUUCGAAUCUCAUUUUUGUGUUUAUUGCAUUGGUUUAUGAUUGUCAGUUUUCAGAAUUGCUGAUUUUUUAAGCUGUAGAUACAAAUAAAACGCGACUGCCAAAAUUACAAUAUGAACAUUCUGCAUCUUUAUUUAGCAAGUAUUUCGCCCCUAUUCACAACAUUACUAUGAGGUCUCACAGUGCGCGUGGUCGCACAGGGUGACACACGAACCAAUCAGACCUCUAUUCAACGCUGUGCGUUCGAUUUACUGCUUCACUUAAGCAAGCAUCGUUUGUGAAUACGGGCGUUUGAUUCUUUAAUCCUGAAACUGACCACUAGCGCCAUCUAGUUAUAGUCCGGCUUUUUACAUCUUCAUUAAAAAAGGCAAAUUUCUACAAUCAUGAUUUCGAAGCUGAUUUUUGGGGAACUAAAUAUUUUGACCAAUUGUAAAUAUGAUUUUACGUUUAUAGAAGUUAUUUGAGUCAAAGCUCUGAACAUGUUUGUCAAUAUCAAUCAAGGCGGUUGAGUGAUUUUUAAACAGCAUCUUGAACUAUACAAAAGUCGGAUUCGUAAUUCGCAUCAAUGUGAAAACGUACCGACAAUGAAGAAACUUGUCAAGUAUGUGUUCACAUUGAUGCGUCUUGGCCAAUUUCCCGCAGUGUACUUCCAGCAUUUGGGUGAAAAUCAAGUUAUCUACGGAGUAGUAGUAGUAAGGGACUGCGCACAUUAUCGGGACAACGCAGCAAGGGAUUUUUAGGUAUCAAACAUACUACGUAGUUUUGACGCUACAGUUGAACUGGCAAUGUAGGCCUUCUGCUUCAGUAUUCCUACCUAAGCAUGCCGUGGCGUCUCAAAACCAUUAAAAUUGCAAUUUCAACCGUAGGGCUAAAACUGGAACAUUAUUAUUCGUCACUUAAAAAUCUAUUGCUGUCCCGUCCCGGUAAUGUGUACAGUCCCUUUACUUGACUUGCGCUAGAGAAAUACUUUUCUUAUUUUGAUUUGAUCCUUAUGUGAUUCAGUGAAUUGCUAAAUUAUUAAUUGGAUUUUUGACUCCCGUGUGUCACGAGGGGUUUAUAUGUGACUUUUCGUCAUACAGUUUUUGUAUUUUUGCGUAAUUCAAUUGCGCGGUAUUUAAAUAUAAUAUUUGUUGUUACUUUUACUUUUAUCUUUACUAGGUUAUAGGAAACCAUUGGUGAUUAAUAAUUUAAUACGGAUUAUGUCACAGUUAUGGCGUUUCGAAAACGGUUAGAGACUGGUUUAAUUUCAUAUAGAUGGCGCUGUCUAUAAUAUGGUGCAGGAAAAGGCCUUUCAAUAAACUUUAUAAGAUGUUAGUUGAACGUUUGUUAGACCGCACACUAAUGCACCAUCCUAAUUUCACUUUUAACAAACGUCAAAAAUCGUUAUAGUUACCGUUAAAGUUAGGUGGUACAACCCAGCUUAACUGUUGGGAAUAAUUUUUAUUCUAACGCAGUUCUCGUUUUCAUCCAAUUUUCCGUGUGUCGUCCUGCAAACAUACGGCUCAGACAGAACGUCUUAUUUAGAGGAGUCUAAAGAUUUAAUUAUUCAACAAUUAUUUUCUGUUAUCAUACAAAAGGACUUCUGCCUAGCUCGCUCCUACUUUUCUUUUCAAUUAUUUCUUGAAAUAUUUAAGGCUUAAGUUUCUUUCGCUAUUUCUCAACACCAACCGAUAUUGUCCUGAAGUUGUGGUGCAAGAUAUUAUUUGUGAUGUUGAUGAUGAAUAAGAUUUUUAAUUCAGUUUUUUUACAAUUAGAAUUUGAGAAAAAAACGCCUAACCGUUCUCGAAUACGUCCAUUCUGUGUAUUAAAGUAUGUAUUAGUCUGUCGGAGUUUCAUUUAACAUAUUAAUAUAUUGUAUAAACUGGAGUUUUAUUACUUACUUUUAUUUGAUUUUCGUGUUAUUAAAGUUAAACUAGGCUAAUUU